AUGUCUGUUGUUGGGAUCAUUUCACCCAGAAUGAAUAAUGGCCUCAUUCAAAAGCACGUAGUUUUCGUUUGGAAACGCAUGGCGUUAUGGCAGCCAACAUCGAUGAGGGUUUUUCUUAACAGCUUUUCUGUUGCUUUUAUGCAUCCAAUUCAUCCCAAAGAAACUAUCAUAAGAUUAGUCUCAAAUCAAUUUCUUGUUUUAAAUAAUGGGUCUUACCAGGAUUCAGAAAAGCACACACAUUUAUGUUCAUCCUUUUUACAAAGUUUAAAGUUGCACUUACAAAUCACUAAGAGAAAUUUUGUCGUUCUUAUUCAUGAGAUGUUAAUUAAGAAACUGGACCGAUCGGGGAUUAUUGCACGAUUUUGUUUACGAAUUUGCCAAGUUCCGAAUGUUUUAAGACUUAAAAAGAGCCAGAAAAUUGCUAAUUACUGA